GGACGGCAUUUCUGGAUAAAGUACGGAACCCACCCCAUGUAAAUCAUCAACUUUUGAGCGCUUAUUGUGUGUUGACACGACCGGAGGAGACCACACACAGUGGUAAACAUACACGCCUCACUUUAAAGUUGUAGACUUCAUUGGUUUGGCUCAUAUCAAGUGUCUAUCAAAUGGAUUAUUACAGUCCUCUGCUUCUUCAGAUGUUACAGUAAAACAGUGUUGGGAAAUACCUCGGUCUCGCAGCCACACGAGGACGAUUAAGGUGCUACAGAUCUCCUGAUGUCCUUCAUGGAGUGACUUAUCAAGCAUCAGCCUUCAAAUUGCCCACAGUGAUGUUCUUGACAUUUUCAGUGAACCAUUCAGAGCUGAUCUGAGCCUCAUCUGUAAACAUCACUUACCCCGAAGCCAUUCAUCAUGAUUGACCUGAGUCAUCUAACAGAGGACGAGCAAGAGAUGAUCUUGGGUGUGUUGAAAAGAGAUGCAGAGCUGAAGAAGUCAGACGAGCAGCGGAUCAAACAGCUUCGUAAAACUGAGAGAGACAGAGGCAGGCUGAAGUAUUUGACCGGGGAGUGGUUUUACGAAACAAAGUACCACAGACACAGAGACAGGAUCCAUGGCUCCGACAUCAUCAGAGCCUCCAUGAAGAGGAAACCCGUGACGUUAUUGGAGAUUACUCAAAGGUGGUCAGAGAAGCCCAGUUCUGUUUAUGGUCCGAAGAGAGAUGUUUACAUCCCUCCAGAGCUUUCAGGACUCAUUGAGGAUGGAUCACACAAUGAUAGGGUGGAUGAUGAAUCCCAGCUGGAAACACAAAGACCUCAAGUCAAGCCCAGGCAGAAUCCGUUCAAUAUUUUCCGACUGCAGAGAGAUGAAGUUAAACCUAUCAAUGCAGUGAAGGAGGCUGAACAGACACCUGCUGAGGAGCCUUUCCUUCCAGUUGAGAGCUACACACUCCAUCACACUACUCUAAACACAGACAACACUGACACCCAUAUAAUCACUCUCAAACCUGUGCCAAAAAAGAGACUGCUGCUGUAUUCCAGCAAGGACUCAUCCCUAGAUACUGCCAACAGUGACAAUGGAGUUAAACAGGUUGUGAACCCUGCUCCCAGAGGCAUCCUGAAGCACAAUGGCUCCAGCUAUAGCUCCACUGACUCUCUGCGACUCCACAUUCCCAGCAGCGAUGGCAGCAGCAGCAGUCAGUCCUCUACUACAGUCAGCCCCAUCAGUCUGGAAACUCCCAUCAGCCCUCCACUUUCCCCCUGCUCAAUGCACUCUGCAUCAGGGUGGUUAGAUAGGAAACAGGUCCGCUUCUCUUCCAUCAUGGGGCCUAUAGAGAGAGUGCAAGGAGAACACAGUUUGCUGGAAGAAGACUGGAGUCCACUGUUGGACCAGGAAAGAAGCUGUAUCAUUGAAAAUGGUCAUCAUGAGCCUCAGUCGUCACAGGUGUCCAAUAUCCACACCUCUACUGAAGAAACAGGUAAGACCACUGAGUUGAGCACAGAAGUCAAGACCGAUAAGGUUACAGUGGAAGAGGGUCGCUCCAUUUUAAAGGUAUUUGACUGGUUUGGAAGAGGUUCUCGGGAUGGAAAGUUAAAGGAGUUGCCAGCCAAAAAAGAGUGGAAUGAAGUGGAACCAAAACCUGAUGAAAGCCUUGUAACAAAGUCAGAAGAUUCAGAGCCUCCAGAUGUACAGCCAAAGACCACUAAGCCUGUACCAAAGCCACGCAGGGGGCUUUUUGCAAUGUUUUCGAGAGCAGAAAAUAAAGACAAGAAUCCUGAAGUUCAGGCAUCAGAAAAAACUGAAUGUGAAACAGAAGCCAAUGAUAAUAAACUUGAGCAGACCUCUUUUCCUACAGAGAACAGGAUGGCUGAAAUAUUACAGGAUGAGUACAAACCAGAAAAACUCUGUGAAGAACCUCCUCAACAAGAGAAGUUUGACCAAAGUGAAGCAUCACCAGGAAGACUGGCCAACCUGAAGUCAUUCUGGGAAAGGGGGGACAGUGGACCUAAAAUACUGAGCAUGAAAAAAGAAGAUGAGGAAGAAGAAAAUGAGACAUCUCAGCUUAAUGAAGAUUAUCAUAACACAACAAAACCUGACAUGUUGUCAGAUUCCAGCAUUAGCCUGUCGAUACCCAAACUCAGUGAUCCAGAACCAGCUGAUGUUGAAUCUACAUUAAUUGAGUCUUCUUUGGUCUCACCUAGAAGAACAUCCAAUGCUGUUGCCACCAUAUCCUUGCUUGAAGAUGGAGAACCUUUUAUUUUGAACAACCAAAAGGCCUCGGAAAGCUCAAACAGUGAGCUACAUACUCUUGUUGAGUAUAACACUCUAGACAGUGAUCAACAAGAAGAAUCAAUCUGCAGGGAUAUAUCUGACCUGAACAAGGAAAUCUCCACCUUCAAAAUGUCCCUCAGUCAACAUGAAGAUAAAGUCUCGAUUAAUAAUCUCAAAUCCUUUUGGGAGAAAGAAAAAGGUGGUCUUAGAGUAAUUAUAAGCUCUCAACCAUGCACAGCCAAUGUUAAAGACCCAUCCCCAGAACCAUCUCCAAAUCGUUCUUUAGGAAGACUUUCUGAACCUCAGUUUGACAUCAGGUCAAACAACCCAAGUUCUCCGGACAGAAGAAUUUUUAAAGAGUUUAGUUUGAUUGAGCAAAAAGAAAAGAUGGAAAAGGUUGAGGACAAACAAAGAAGUGAAAAUACAGUGCCAUUACAAGACCUUCAAGACAUCAGAGGUAGGGUACCUCACAUCACGCAGAAUCUUUCUAAUUUCGAACAGUUUAUUGCAGGCCUGCAUUCCAAUCCAAGCCCACCAUCAUCUCCCCUCAGAAGUCUCUCUCCAAAAGGUCAACAUGAUAAGCCACAGUCCGCUGACAUUUACCAACCAAAAGAAAGAGAUCAAACCAGAACGCCCAGUCCAUUACGUCAAUUUAAAGUACCUCGUAGAGAUUCAUAUCCAAGCAAAGAGUCCACGAAGGAUAGUUCUCCCUUAAAAACCUUUCGGAUAGAUAUCAAUCCAGCUGACACAAGUUCAUGCUCUGUAAGGGUAAAACCAGGGCAAACCAGCAUGUAUACAUCCCCUGAGCACCGCAGGAAGACUUCUGAUGGAGGGAGUGAUACAAGGUCCAUCAUAGCCAAGGAACGAAAGCUGUCACUUGAUUCCCUAACCCGGUUUUAUAUUCCCCUAAGUUUACACCAUUACCUGGGCCUUCCUAAGCAGGCAGCCUUAAAAGAAACAGAACAGGUAAAGGCACAGGCAGGUGAAAUGUUUGAGCAGGUGCACCAAGGUGGAGUGAGCAAUGAAAGCUCCCCUUCUCGACACUCCCUGCUUGAAUCGGAGGAGAUCACCUUUGACUCCUCGGGGAGCUCCACACCUGAAGCCUGGUCAAUCUCACACGCCAGUUCAUACUGGGACAGUGAGGAUGAUGGCCCUUUUAAAGCAGCUCUGGAACGAGCCAAUGCCAGACCCAUCUCUAUUUCCAAGAGUCUAGAGGAUCUUGCAUCCACACCUUCACAAGAGAGAUGGAAGACAGACCCAAGGAAUGAUGUUCGGAUGAGUAUGGAAAAUGUGUCUGCAGUCACUCCCAACACCAAAACGUCCUUCUCUGACCCAGAACAGGUGAAGAUGAUGAGUUUGUCUGUACCUGCAUUAAUGCAACAAGAGAUGGACUGCAGAAACAGUGACUGUGCUUCAGUGAGUAGUUUCCACAAUGACAGACAGAGAUCUUGCAACACUCCUUCUAAUUUCAGCACUUGCUCUGAAGUGGCCUCCGUGUCCUCUGUCACUGGCAGUGUAAUGAGCAUCUACAGUAGUGAGUUUGGUAAUGUGGAAAUCAAAGGCACGGUCCAGUUCGCCAUUCACUAUGUGCAGAAACUGGGAGAGUUUCACAUCUUUGUUGUGCAGUGCAAGGAUCUCGCUGUUGCAGAUGUUAAGAGGAAUCGAUCUGAUCCAUAUGUUAAAUGCUACCUGUUACCCGACAAAGCUAAAUAUGGAAAGAAAAAAACAUGUGUGAGGAAGAAGACACUGGAUCCAACCUAUAAUGAAAUCCUGCGGUUCAAGAUCCCAAUGGAGAUGCUGAAAACCCAAAAACUGAACAUUUCUGUUUGGCACAAUGACACGUUUGGGCGGAACAGCUUUCUUGGGGAGGUCGAGGUUGAUCUGGCUGAAUGGGAUUUCAAUAACACACAGAUGAAUGAAUAUCUACUUAAAGGAAGAGUUCAAAUUCCCACCAGCCCAAAACAUUCUUUCUGUGGUGAGGAAAUGAGUGCAGAGAUUAAAGUCGCUCUGCGUUUUCUCCCACAAACUACUCUAAGUCACAAGAACAAGGGGAAUGGUGAGGUGCAAAUAUGGGUGAAGGAAUGCAAGAAUCUGCCUAUUUCCAGAGGCGUUGCCAUUGACCCGUUUGUCAAAUGUGCAAUCCUCCCAGAGAACAACAGGAAAAGUCGUCAGAAGACCAGAGUGUUGAAGAGGGCUCCAAACCCAGUGUUUAACCACACCAUGGUUUAUGAUGGCUUCGGGCAUGAUGACCUCAAAGACAUCUGUGUGGAGCUUACCGUGUGGGAUCAUGACAGACUGAAUAAUCACUUUAUUGGGGGUAUCAGACUUGGACCUGGAACAGGUAAAAGUUAUGGCAGUGAAGUAAACUGGAUGGACUCUAACGUUGCUGAAGCAGCCCUGUGGGAGAGAAUGGUGCAAACUCAAAAUGAAUGGGUGGAAGAUACAUUACCUUUAAGAAUGAUGGUCAUGGCAAGAAUGUCUAUAGUAAGAAACUGAGGACACCUUUGAACAAAUACAUUAAAAUAAACAUGAACAUGAAGAAUUCAGUAUGUAGAAAACUAUAUAUGUAAUGUUUAAUAUAUAGAAACUAACGUGAUGCUUUCUUGACCUUUUGUAUGAGGAAGACAAAGAGAAUGAAAUUAUAAUACGCCUGUUAUUGUAAAGUAUGUGGGAUUUAUGUCUUAAUAAAACUUAAUAAAAAUGGUAAUGUUAAAAAAAAAAA